AGAUAAAGCCACCUUUUAUAUUCUCCCAAUAAAGCCACUUCCUUAGUAACUCUUCUCUCUCUUUCUCUCUCUUCCUUCAGAUCUCAGUUUCUCUCUCUAAAAAACCGUUCCUAAAUUAAAAUUUUCUGCUAAAUGCAUCACAAAUGCCUAACCUUCAUAAAUUCAAGCUCUUAGCCACUCAAUGUUCCGUCGCCGGCAGUCCAACACGCAGCCCUACCACCAGCCCUGUUAUUCAUCUCCGCCGCCGCAAGACCCUCCGCAUGCUCCUAACUCGCCCUACGCAAGAUCCCCCCGACACCACCACCACCACCACCAGAGUCCGCCACAAGCUCAAGGACCUCUUCGUCUCCUCUCCAUCGCCGCCGCCAGCAGAAAACACCGCCGCCGCCAAGAGCUGCCGAGAAUUAGAACAGCAGCAACAGCUCCACCACCAUGAGCAGGACGGAUUUGUCUCCGGCGGCUCCGCUUUCGGCGUCAGGUUCCGCUCCGGAUCUCCACUCCGACGCAGCAGCGGCGCAGCUCUCCGGCCAAUAACAUCGGCGUUCCGGUACCGGUUACUCCGACGAGCAUGGCGACCGAUGUUAGUGACAAUUCCUGAGUAGUGUCAUGACUGUACGGAUAAGCUUAAUUCCGGAAUUUUUAUUUUUUUAUUUAUUUAUUUCAUUACUUAACUAGUUAACUUAAAUUUUUGAGAAAAAAAGAAACAGAAAAAAAAAAGAAAAAAAAAAAAAGAAAAGAAUAAUAUUCUCUGCUUGCUGCUAACGUGCUCCGCGUGCGUUUGUUAUAUCAUUAUGGGUGUGCUUAACGACUUAACGUAACUACAACGUUUGGCGCAUUUUUAUUUUUUAACAUUACGGUAGCAUCUAUACGACGCCGUAUUUGUUGGAAGUUGUACGUUUGACUAACGAUGCCCAACGGCUUCUUUUGUAUUCUUGUAAAUUUUUGUUUUGCGUGUAGAAGAUCAGAAGAAAAUGGCAUGCAAUGCAAUGCGAUAUUUUGAUUUUUGUUUUUUGA